AACUUCCUGCAAAUGGUCUUUGAUUUCAUUCCAUUCCCUCCAUUUAUGAUUCAUAGUUGGAAAAAGGGAGUUAAAAGCUUGAACUUGGAACAAAAAACUACCCGUUGGAUUAGUGGCAAUGCAGUCAUUUGGCUUUACAAUUCAUCAAUCUUUCCCUUCUAUCCACUUCAUUGAAAAGCUCGUCCUACUUUAAACACACACUCUCUCUCUCCAAAAACACUCCAAAAGCCACCUCCUUUGCAGGAAGCAGACUGUCACUGAGCCUCUCAAUCGAAAGCCCAGUUUGGAUCUUUACAUCUUUAGUUUCGGAUUUUGUCACUUCUUUGUUAGACUUUCAAGUUUUUUAUUUUUUUUAUCAAAUUCAGUGCUUUCUCAUUUGCUUUUCAAGCUUUGCAUUUUUAGUUCUCUCGAGUCCAAACUGUUGUGAGCAAGGAAAUUUGAGUCAUUUGCUGUAGAAUGGAGUCUGAGAACGGGGUAACAGUGGAAGACGAGAGAAUUGUCGGUGAAAGGACAGACGUGGAAGAAUCUGCAACAGAAGCAAAGAAAGAGGAACAGAAUGUUGGUAUUGAUGGUGAAGGGGCUUCAAAUUUGAAGGAAGCCUCCAAGCAGGGAACAAAAUCUGAAGGCAUGGCAAAUAAAGCUGCUGCAACUGUCUCCAAAAGUAAAAUCUCAAAACCCGUAAAGGAACCUGGUAACUUGACUGGUGGUAAUUCAAAGAACAGUAAGGUGACAAAGGAUAAAUCUAAUCUGAGAAGUGCAGUUCCAGUUUCUCGUAAUCAAAGGCCUGUGCUGUCCCCGAGCCUUUCAUUUCCAGCAAGAAGAGUCCAUGGAGAUGGUCUCAUGAAGAGCAUUGAUGGAUAUCCGGAGAAACCUGAUGUCAAACAUGCCAAAGAAAAAAGCACAAAAGUUCAGGUUCCUUCUUCCAAUGCAUCAGUUCCUUCAUUGUCCCGCUUGAAUUAUCCCAACAGGCGUGGAUCGAUCAAUCUGGACUCAAAGCCGGCAAAUACAAAUGGUGGUGGGGUUACUGCCAGGCGGACUACUUUAGCAUCUUUGCCUAGCGAUAGGCAAGCUGUGACUGCAAAAUCUGGUCCUGGGAAUGUGGCUGCCAAGUCCCCUUCAUCCUCGGAAUCAACUGAUUCAAAGCCAAUAACGGCUGCACUGCUGAAAGAGGAUGAUGAUGCCCAUUCCACUACUUCUGCCACAUCUCGUAGCACUAGAAGAGGUAGUGGGUCGGCAUUCACCUUCAGGUUGGAGGAGCGCGCUGAAAAGAGAAAGGAGUUUUUUUCGAAGCUAGAAGAGAAGAUCCAUGCUAAGGAAUUUGAAAGAAAUAACUUGCAGGCAAAAUCAAAGGAGAACCAGGAGGCAGAAAUCAAGCAAUUAAGGAAGAGCUUGACUUUUAAAGCUACACCAAUGCCAAGUUUCUAUAAGGAACCUCCUCCAAAAGUUGAACUAAAGAAGAUACCAACUACGCGGGCUGUAUCCCCAAAGCUCGGAAGGCACAAGAGCAGUGUUGCUGCAACAAACAACCCUUCAGAAGGUGAUGGUUCCAGUUUUAGUCCAUCUUUAAACCAAGAACGGAAUGAUUCAACCAAAAGAACUCAAACCGAUAGUAAUGAAGAUAAUGUUGCUUCCAAGAAGGCUGUAAAGAAAUCCCAACCUAAGCUUCAAUCUAAGGAGAUCACCAAAGCUGAAGAAAAGCCCGGAAAGUCAAAACCAAAAACAAGGAAGGUGGAGAACCCUGUGGAGGAUGCUUGUGUUGGGAAACCUGGAGAAAACCAGAACCAUCCUGCCAACCUUCCCCAAUGUGCGGAUGCUGUAACUGUAGCAGACGAAGCAAAUCCUAGUCAAAAUGGUGGACCAGUUCCAAGUUUGGCCAAUCCCGAGAUUAUGCCCUGUCAAGUCACAGUUGGAGGUUGAAGAUCGUGAUUCACAGGCCUUAUGUUAAUAGGUUCAUUUUUUUUUUUUUUAAUUCAAGUUUCAUGCUGUUGUGAAUAGUAUUUGUAAGUUGAUCUUGACAUUCUUUUUGGAGGGUUCCUAUACACAUUAUAAGUUACAUAUGCAUCAACAGGUUAUUGCAAUCAUGUUUCCUUUAUUAAACUCUAUUGAAAGUGUUUGGUAGGAUUCUCUUUCUUUCGAACAAUUAGGCAAAAUAUGUUUGUCCGCGACAUAAACAUUGCUCUAUCUUUGCUGGUAAGCGCUGUAUGACAGAUGACAUGACAUACAAAUAUAUAAUAUCCUUCAAUUAUUAUUUUCAUUUAGCCAUUGGUGCUUGAUCACAUAGCUUAGGACUUAGGAGGACUUAUUUCCAGUUUUAAUAUUAGCAUUAGAAGGCUUAUGAUAUUCAGGCUAAUUCAGGAUCUUCCAUAUUUUUCCCUUCCAGGACUACUCGUGCACAAAUAGUAGACUGAGAUAAAGAUAAAUUUUGCAGCUUUCAUGGAAAUUCCGGCUCUUCUAAAAAAUUACCAGGCCAAUAAAUGGUGAAACUUUUUUUUUUUCACUUGUAAAG